GAAAGUAUUUCCGAGUUGUCAUUGUUUACAACAUGUGACUGUUUCUAGCAGACGACAGACCAAACCACGCCCCACGAUCUAUCCCACAAUCCUGUUCUGCGCAGGCGCACUCGCCUCCUCGCGACAGAAAGCAAAAUGGCGGCAAUGGCGGCUAAACUUGGAAGUUGAAGUUGUUGACUUCUUCGCGAAUCCGCAGUUUCUGGUGCGUUUCCCGGCCGCGCUCGACCUUCGGAUGAACCAUGGCGGAAGCCAAGCGGAUUGUGCCGAUCCCUCUGAUGGGAAAGAAGCCGUUGGGCAAGGAGAAGAAGGAGAAAUCGACGCCCCCUCGUGCUCCGACCCUCCGGUUCGCCCUGUCUCUCACACCGAGCACCGACAAAACGUGCCCCGAGAUCUCCUACGUCGACCUCGUUAAAAAUGCCAUGAGUAAAGACAAGGACAGCAGGCCAACUCCAAAUAAGGACGUCCAGGUCAUUGACCCCAGCGACCCCUUCGCAGCUGAGGAUGCCAGGGAGGUCGCGGAUGUGGAAAGGAUCGCCCGGCACUUUGAAGAGAAAUACGGUCCUUCGACAGUCAGCAAGGUCAAGGGCAGGAGAAAAGACAGGAUAGAGGACUUAGUGGACAUGGGUCUGGGGUAUGACGAGACAGACCCGUUUGUGGACAACUCGGAAUGUUAUGAUGAGUUGGUGCCAGCUGACAUCACCACCAAACUGGGUGGUUUCUACAUCAACUCUGGAGUCCUGGAGUUUAGAGACGUCUCCGACUCUGACUCCGAGGGCAACUUUAAGGCACCAGGUGUGAAAAGAAAAACACCAAAGAUCCUGUCCGACUCAGAAGACUCAGGAGGUGACUUCAAGGAUGCCACCAAAAAAAAGAGAAAAAUGAGAAAACCUUCCAAAGACGGUGUGGAGAAAGACGGGGUGAGAAAACGGAAGCGGUUGAAGGACCCGCUGGACCCAAACAAGCCCAAGAAGCCACGGAAACCACGGGAGAAAGGAGAUGGUACUACAAAACCCCGAAAGAAGAGUACCCCAACUGUGGCAGAGCUUUUGCAGAGACAACAGCAGCUUCACCAGCCAGGCCAGCCCCUCCCUACCUCCAACAGCACAUCUCCUCCCUCUGCAGGCUUCCCUCAGCACAACAGCAACGUGUCAGCAUCUAACCUGCUCAGCUCGGCUGGGUUUGGGACAUUAGGUGCUGAUGUAGGCUCCUCCUCCUCCCUGCUGGCCGGCAGCAUCCUGUCAGGUAUUGGAGACGGUAGCCUAGGUGACGGCAUCAAUCCCGAGAAACCCCCCAACCUCCCCACCGGCCUGCCCUCCGACCUCCACACUACCAUCGUCAAGCUGAAAGAGGCGGCUGAGAUGUCUUCAGACGGAAAGUGCAAGUUCUUCACCCCCUCCGUCAAUAGCAUGUUGUUAGAUGUGGAGAUGCAGUCUAGAGAACUGAAGUGUUCAGAAAGAUCUGGAGUGUUUGCCCACCUGGCUGCCCACCUUCCCUGUACCAAGGACACACUCCUCAAGAGGGCCAAGAAACUCAGACAUAGUGAACUUGACAGUCAGCUGCGUGAGCCGUUGUUUCGGUUACGAGAGGCGAUCGGGAAGGUGAUGCCGGAACAGAUCCGGCGCCACCAGGAGGAGUGCAAGAUCGCCACACAGGCCAAGAUAGAACAGAUCCAGGAGAGCCAGCAGAGUCUGCACAGGGAGGGAGAAGGAGAGAACCCUGGGUCCACGUCAGAUGAGGAUGAGGAGGGGACCAAGAACAGCCUGGACAACAUCAAGAUCAAACGCUCCAGCAUGCCCAGGAGGAAGUUCGAGUGGACGGAAGAGAUCAGGAAACUGCUGUACGAGGUGGUUAGGAUUAAGGUUCAGCACUACGACAAGUCUCGCUCCCAGUCUGCUGAGGAGUACCUCAAGACUUAUCUGGAGCAGGAGGUCAAGAACUGCUGGCCGAAAGGCUGGAUGCAGGCAAGAAUGUUGUUUAAAGAGAGCAGAUGUAUCCAUAGCUGUAUAACAGCACAACCACCGAAGCAGAAAAAGAUACAAGUGAACCCUGCCCCAAAGAAAGCAGCUAUCGUCAAGUUUGGGCUGGACCAUCCACCCCAUGUGUGGGGGUGGAUCCAGCAGCAGGACCGUAAGUCUGGCUCGCCCGUGGUGCUGUCCUCCGGCGGAGUCAUCGCCCCCAGCGGAGCGGCAGGGACCAGCAACAACUCCACUUCACCCAGCCAGCCCUUCAAUAAACCUGUUCCCAUGGCGACCAGCAAACCCGUUACCAUGACAACAUCAUCUUCGGCACUCCAGUCCAUGUCGUUGUUCGCGUCGUGCGUUGCGGCGGAAAAGCAGCAGGCGUCGGCUUCGGUUGUCUCGUCUCCUCCGUCCGGCCUUCCCAACGCUCCCUCCCUCACCUCCUCCAUCUCCUCAUUCAUUCCCACACUCCUGGACUAUGCAGACUCCGACGUUGUCGGCAAGACAUCUUCUUCGAAACAACAACAACCCACCAAGGAGUCUCCCAAUCCCAAGGAGUCUUCUUCAUCUGCUUCCCCCACGGAUAACUCCAUUGGACAUGCUAUAGGUUCGUGA